GACUCCUGGGGACCUAGGGGCAAAGCCCAGGCCAGGGCAGUACCCCCGGGACCCCCAUAACGUGGGUCCCAUCCUCCUGCCCAACGAGGCUGCACCGGAUCCGACGGCGGCGGCGGCGAGAUCCCAGCUGAGCCGCGGGGCAGGGCCCUUCCUGCGGCAGGAACCUCCUGAGGAGCCGUUUCCUCCAGCACCGUCCUUCCCUCCCACCCUGUGGGGAGGACCCGGCCGGGACCCCUCUGCUCAUGGGGCCAGGCACCCAGCACCAGCCCCAAGCCCAGCCCCAUCCAUCGACACGGCAGGAAACCGGGGCGAGUUGGGACCAGCCCAGCACAGGCACGAGCAGGACCCACGGGCACGAGCGGGACCUGCUGCCGCACACCCCAGCACCGCUGGAGGCGGAGGUGCCGGAGCAGCCAUGGAGGCGGCGGUGCCCGCGGAGGAGGUGCUGGUGCUGGUGGAAUACGGCUUUGAGUACCGAGCCAAGGACGGGACCUUGGUCUCCAUCAAGCCAAACGAGCGCUACGUCCUGCUGAAGAGAACCAACCACCACUGGUGGCACGUCAAGAGGAGUGGGGAUGCGCGGCCCUUCUACAUCCCUGCCCAGUACGUGAAGGAGCUGCCCCCCAUCGCCACCCCAGCCCCGCCUGACCCAUCCCCGCAGGGAUACAGCAGGAUGGAUCCGACCACGCUCAUCCCGCAGCAAGCACCAGCCUUCGAGUAUCGGUUCAUCGGUGCCACCGAAACGGAAGAGCCGGAGAGGGGCUGCUCCGUGCCCAGGAGGGACUCGGUGCCCAGGAGGGAUUCGCCGCCGGUUCUCAGCUCUUUUCGGGCCCCCCCAAGUCUCAGACCCUACCCCCUGGAUCCCGUUCGCUCCUCGCACUCCCUGGAUGACCUGGCCUGGGUGACCCCAGCUCCACGCAGUGCCCCCACCAUGGGCUCGCACAGGGACCCCCCCGGACACACUCGUCCACUCAGCAAGAGCCGCUCCGAGACCUUCUGUGCCCCCGGCAGAGACCUGGAUGUGGCCGGGAGGAGGCCGGGCCCUGGCCACGCGGCUCAGGCACAGCCGGAGCCAGAGGAGCCGCCUGUUCCCAUCUACCUCAACCUCCAGGAGCUGCGGGAAGCAGCCACCACCGGCUCAGCCCCAGAGGAGCCCAACAGCUCCAGUUCGCAUUGGGAAACCCACAGGGACACGGAGACUGGACGCUUGUUUUACUAUAACCCCGUGACGGGCGAGGCCACGUGGGUUUGUCCCUUUGGGCAGGCAGGAGAAGGAGUGAGUCCUGCAGCCUCUCCCACCCGCUCGCCAGCGCACAGCCCGCGGUGUUCCGAGUGGGAGCAGCUCGUGGAUGAAGGCAGCGGACAGGCUUUUUUCUAUAAUUGGGUGACAGGUGAGACGUCGUGGGACCCCCCCGACACCGGAGGAGCACAGGACAAGCACCACGGGGGGACGCGGUACGGAGCUAUGGAGCAGAGGCCACCCACUCCAGAAACAGAUUAUCCCAACCUGUCUCCAGACGAGCUGGAGCGUUAUCCCAAGUACUGCUCGCCAGUGGGCUCCUAUGAUCAGGAGGCAGCUCUCUGCGUGUCCCCAAGGAGCCCUGAGGAGCUGGGCUCAGCCCCAAGCUGGUUUGGGCACAGCCACCCCGAGGGGAGCAUAUUCUGCCCCGAGCACCUCGCCUCCGACACGGGGCCAUGGGGCCGCCCAGCCCGGGCCAGCAGCAGCUCCAGCCUGGACAGUGGGGUCCUCACCAUGGCACCAGCACCGGGGCCCAGGGAGGAGAAGUUGAAGAGCCUCGAAAAAGCUGGGGUGCUCAACAGGACCAGGACGGUGGACAAGGGGAAGCGGAUCCGGAAGAACUGGAGCUCCUCCUGGACUGUGCUGGAGGGUGGGAUCCUCACCUUCUUCAAGGACUCCAAGCACUCUGCUGCUGGUGCCUUGCAGCGGCACCCCAGCACCCUGACCACCCCCGAGCACACCCUGGAGCUGCGCGGGGCCACCCUUGCCUGGGCCAGCAGGGACAAGUCCAGCAAGAAGCACGUCCUGGAGCUGAGGACACGGGAGGGCUCAGAGUUCCUCAUCCAGCACGACUCGGAUGGGAUCAUAGCUGCAUGGCACAAGGCAAUCGCUGACAGCAUCGGGAGGCUGGGCACCAACCUCUCUGGAGACGAGGAUGCCGAGAGCGGGGCUGAGUUCGGCUCCCGGGAGAAGCCAGGAGGUGGUGAGGAGAAGAGGGCAGUGAUGGGCAAUGCCAGCGGCGAGAGCGACUCCAGCAGAGUCCGGAACAAGCUCCGCAAGUUCCUGCAGAGGCGGCCGACGCUGCAGUCCCUGCGUGAGAGGGGCUACAUCAAAGACCAGGUCUUCGGCUGCUCCCUGCAGGCACUGUGUGAGCGGGAGCGGGGCACGGUGCCACGCUUCGUCCUGCAGUGCAUCCAGACCGUGGAGAGGAGAGGUCUGGACAUCGAUGGGCUGUACCGGGUCAGCGGCAACCUGGCCACCAUCCAGAAACUGCGCUACAAAGUGGAGCAUGAUGAGCAGCUGGACCUGGAUGACGGGCGCUGGGAGGACGUCCAUGUGGUCACCGGCGCGCUGAAGCUCUUCCUCCGCGAGCUGCCCGAGCCGCUCGUCCCCUUCAGCCACUUUGAGCAGUUCAUCGCUGCCAUCAAGAUGCAGGACCCAGUGCGGCCGGGCUGGUGCAUCCGUGAGCUGGUGUCCUCCCUCCCACCCGCCCACCACGACACCAUGAAGGUCCUGUUCCACCACCUCUGCAGGGUUAUCGAGUACAAGGAGGAGAACCGCAUGUCAGUGCAGAGCAUCGCCAUCGUCUUCGGCCCCACACUGCUGCGCCCAGCCAGUGAGGAGGGCAACAUGGCCAUGCACAUGGUCUUCCAGAACCAGGUGGUGGAGCACAUCCUCAACCAGUACAGCUACAUCUUCCCCGACGGCUAGAAUGCCCUGGGGAUGCGCAUGGGGGCAAGCCCCACAGUGGGGACAUGAAGGAGUAGCAUCUCAGGGGAAGGACUUGACCUUGUGUCACCUUGGAUGUGGCAAUCGUGGGCUCCGUGAAGGGCUGUGUGGGAGACGGGCUUGCUCAGGAUGCAGCUUGAGGGAUGGCUGCUGGAGCUGGGGGCACCCCGAGCACCCCAUCCUCCUCUGCUACCUGCUCCCGCUGGGGCUGGACCCACAGAGGCUGAGCCCUGGGAGAUGUGUGGAGUUUGGGGGGUCCCCUUUGGUCAAUGGGGAAACGGAGUCAUGUGGCACCAGUGACAGAGACCCAGCAUCCCCGGCUGGGCAGUGCCUGUGAAGAUGGUGCCAUGGCUGGAGCCAGCGUCCGGCACAAUCCCAAUGCCAUAUUCCCAAAUAAAGAGCCAGUUCAGAGGACAA